AUGAUUCCUGAAAAAGGCAAAGGGAAGGCCAUCACUCCCUCCGGUAGUGAUGAAAACGAAGACCUUCGACCAAAUGAAGGUCAUGGCACGCAGAAAAAAAGCAGUUUUACAGACCGGUUCGGCAGCUCAGCUGCACAACUGUCACGCUCCCUGUUUGCGGGCAGACCAGAAGCCACGGACAUUAGUCGACUAGCAUCGUCCACAAGCAGCAAGGGCGGGGACUCGGCGGCCACGACUCAUCCAGUUUCGGGCGAAAGCUCGUCAACUGCCCAAAGCCUCCACCAGGCUGCUAUCACCAACAAUCAACCAGUUUUUCGGUCGCGAGCCUCCAACGAAGUUGAUGAGCAUGCCGCCCGCGCAGAAGCUGAUUUUUCGUCAUUUUUGGACGGGACGAGUGUGUCUGUACCAUCCGAACCGACAAAUCUAGAGAGUUCAUGGAAUGCGAGCAUGCCUUCGGCGACUAUAGACGGUCGCAAUGCAAAUUCCGGGUUGGCCAUAUAUGGCGAUUCAAUCGCUGAGCAAGAGGCCUGCGAUGGAGCACAGGUGGUAGAUUUGCUUUCCCAGCAUGGAGUAGAUGAUAUGGACGCCGAUUUCGAACCACAGACAUCCAGAGAAGAUAUGGCUAGGCUACGCCGGGCACUUUUCGGGGAAGAUUCCUCCAGCAAUGAGACGCUGCCGCAGACGUGGGACAACGUUCUCAAUUUCAUUCCAGAUUUUGUCCGACCCGAUCCAGGUGCGGUGCCUGGGGCCGUGAAUCAUCUUAAGUCGACAGAGUCACAGGCUGUGCUUGGAGUAACGCAUGGUCCCGUAGCAGAGAGCGUGUGGGUGAAGCAAUGGAUGGACGUCCUCACAAGGUAUAACGACGAAGUCUGGGGUGAUCUGGGCAGCCUUGUCGAGCAAGCCAAAGAGGAGCUAAAGCAGAUUGACGAGGCAAAGCCCGAGGGUGGAAAUCCUGCGCCCAAAGCAAUCCGGAGGCUACAGCAGAUAUUGGGUCACGUGCGUACGGCCAAGCUCUAG